UCCUGCCCUUGGCCCUUUCACUUCCCCUCCUUGUUUAUCCUCCAUGGACAGGGCCUAGUUACAUUUGUACUCCAUGUCAGUAUUGUGUGUUCUAGGGUCCCAGGUCUAUCAUGCAUAGAAAUCAACAGCUGAAAUCCAAGUCUGACCAAAGCGUAUGCUUCUCUUAGCUUGCCCAGCUUUCCACUGGUCUGCAAAGUGCAGAGUCCACCAAUUCCAUCACCUUGCCACUCUAACCUACUCUUCUGCACCCAGGCCCUCUGGCUGGCUUACUCCACUCAUGCCCCAUAACCUUUUCGGUUUCCAAAUUCGCCUCACUCAGCACCCAUGUCUGACCUACAGGUGGAACGGGGUUGGGGGCAGUCAUUCUGGGAUGGAGCCCAGGAGAUAGGGUGUCAGAGUUAAGGUGCUGGGUGCCCAGCGCCUGUGUCCUGCCAGCACCAACUAUAAUUAGCAGGAGAGGGUCACUGACUGGAGUCGGAGUGAGUUCCCAAGCAGAGGGCAUGCAAGUGAGAGGGCAAGCAAAAGGCUGGUGUCUACUGAAGCCACCCUGCAGACCCGGGCCAUGAGCAUCUGGGACACAGCACAGCCUCCCUCGGACUCGCUAUGCCGGCCCGGAGAACCCCGUCCUGGCCUCCAUCCCCAGAUGAGGAUCGCAGUUUGCCUUGCUUUCCUCUGGAGGAGCCUGGCCCCCAGUCCCGGGUCCCAGGAAAUCCCUCUGCAGCUUUGCCACUGGAGGAAGAAGAGCAAGAGGAUGUGGACGAUGAAGGCGGGCUGUGGCCCGAAGAGAUUCGCAGCGAGGAGCAUCCGAGCCAGUUUUUCGCCGAGGCGCGGCGGCUGCGGGAGCAGAGGCUGUUGCUGGACGAGGAGGUGUCGGUCGGCGGGCGGGUCUACGGGGUGCACCGGGUAAUUUUGGCUGCAGUGAGUAGCCUCUUUCGAGAGAGGCUGCGGGAGGGCGGUGGAAACCCUCGGCCCCCUGUCAGCCUCGCUGUGACCCCCAGGGGCUGGGAGACCGUGCUAACCUUUGCCUACGAAGGGGUGCUGGGCCCCAUCCCUCAUGGGGAGAUAGAGGUGGUGGCGGAUGCCCUGGGAGCGCCCCGGGUGAAGGUCGCCGCCCAGCAGAGAUGCGACGGGGCCUCGGAAGACGGAGAGAAACCAGGCCAGGCAGAGGAGCUGUGGGCGAACCUGCGCAGCAUCGAGCUCCUAUACCAAGAGGGCAUCGGGUGUGACCUGGAGCUGGAGGCGGACGGCUGCCGGCUGCAAGUGCACCGAGCAGCCCUGGCCUGUGGCAGCGAGUUCUUCGGGGCCAUGCUCCUGAGCAGGAUGAGGGAAUCCCAGGGCACGCAGGUGUCUCUGCGCACCAUGUCUGCUCAGGACCUGCGACUCCUUGUCUCCUUUGCCUACUCUGGGGUUGUUCGGGCUAGGUGGCCAGGGCUGUUGAGAGCAGCACAGGCCGCCCUGCAGUACCAGAGCUCUUCCUGCCUGGAUGUCUGUCAGAGAGCUUUGUCCCGAGGCCUCAGCCCUGCGCGCUGCCUGGCUCUAUACCCCCUGGCCGAAGCCCCUGGCCUGGAGCAGCUCUGGAGCAAAGCCCGUCAUUACCUCCUCACCCACCUGCCCGCGGUGGCUUUGUGCCCCACUUUCCCUUCUUUGCCAGCUGCCUGCCUGGCAGAGCUCCUAGACAGUGAUGAGCUUCACGUCCAGGAAGAGUUGGAGGCCUUUGUGGCUGCACGGUGUUGGCUGGCUGCCAACCCCGAGACGCAGGAGUCAGAGGCCAAGGCCCUGCUGCAGUGUGUCCGCUUCGGGCGCAUGUCAACUAGGGAACUUCGGAAGGUGCGGGCAGCUGGGCUACCCUCCCCUCUGCCCCCGGAACUGCUGCACCAGGUGAUGGUGGAGGCUGAGGUCCCAGGUCAACAGAGAUGGAGAAAACCUGACCGGGCACUGGUGGUGAUUGGUGGGGACGGGCUCAGACCAGACAUGGCCCGAAGAAAGCCAUCCCGCAAAGUGUGGUGGGUCCAGGCCUUCCGCUGUGGCAUGGGACUCGUAAGGACUGUGGAGUGGGGGCAGUUCCCUGGCCUGCCUUCCCCAGGGCGCUUCAGGCAUGCUGCCGCCAGCCUGGAAGGAAGUGAGCUCUAUGUGUGUGGGGGACAGGAUUUCUACAGCCACUCCAACACCUUGGCUUCAACUCUCAGGUGGGAUCCCUGUCUAGAGGACUGGGAAGAGGUGGCAUCUUUAUGCCAGGCCCGGAGCUUGUUCCCCCUGGUGGCACUGGAUGGACAACUCUAUGCCCUAGGAGGACGACAUGAUGGUGUUGCCCUCAGUUCCGUGGAAUCCUACAACCCUGAGCUCAAUGUCUGGAGGCCGGCUCCUGCACUGCCAGCACCGUGUUUUGCCCAUGCAGCUGCCAUUUUGGAGGGCCGGUUAUAUGUGAGCGGUGGCUGUAGUGAGAAUGGCCAAUUUCUGGCCUCACUGCUGCACUAUGACCCCAAACUUGAGAAUCCAGGAACAUUUCUGAGCCCUAUGGGGGUGCCUCGAGCUGGCCACGUCAUGGCUGCUCUGGGUGGACGUUUGUAUGUGGCAGGAGGAAUAGGAGAGACUGGGGACCUACUGAGCUUUGAGGCCUAUCAGCCAAGAACUGAUAGCUGGAGUCGCCUGGCACCUCUGCCCUCUCCCCACGUAGGGGCUGCAGGUGCUGUGCUACAAGGGGAGAUGCUGGUCCUGGGGGGCUAUAGCCACCGGACCUAUGCCAUCUCACACCUUAUCCAUGCCUACUCUCCUGGUCUGGGCCGGUGGCUGUGCCUUGGAACUCUGCCAAAGCCUCGGGCUGAGAUGCCUGCCUGCAUCUUGGCCCUGCCUGCAGUGCAGCACCUAGCUUCGGCUCCCACCCCGCACCAAACCAAGCCUGCUGGGUGAAGAAUGAGCAGCAAGGUAGCGAUGGGAGGAAGAGGAAAGAAACAUCUUUAGAGAAGGAUGGGGAUUAUGAGAGGAGGAAGAAAAGAAUUUGUUCUUGAUAGCAUUUUGUUUUCACCUAGGACUUUCAAGCUCAUGCACUGCUUUUGUACGUAUGAUCUCCAUUGAGGAUAAGGUGGUGGCAGAGCUCCUGAGGACAGGAGGAGGAGAGGGCUUGAGGAUGGGGGACAGCUGGAUUACCUGAGUAAUGAGACGAGCCCAGGAGUGACUGCCUAAUGGUUAGAGAAUCUUGAUGGAGGGAGCUCAAGAAGCUCUAGUAGCCAAAGAGCAGGGGCUGUGAAGGACGUUAGAGAAGUGAUCUGGACCCAUGGGUCAAGGAGGAAAGUGUGGAAAGGCCAAGCAUGAGUGAGUUUGAGGAGUGUGGAGUGGAGAACUUCCAAUGGCCAGCUCUUCUGUUCUCCAACACCUGCUCCACGUUACUGUCCUUGCUUCUUGACAGUAUGCCUUCUCAGCUGUCUGUGGACCCAGCCUAGGGUUUGGUCUGCCCUCUCACCACAGGCUUGCCCCUAGGUACCUCUUAGUUUCCAUUUGAGGCGGAAGUUCCCAUCGGGAGCUGGAUGCACAAGGAGCCUGAGAUGGGCCCCCAGGAUGGUGAAGUGGGAGUGUUGUGUGGGCAGAGGCUAAGGGAGGGAGGUGCUGUCUGCAGAG